CGUGCUGUGCCAAUGACAAGAGAAGGCAGCAGGGCAAAGAAAGCAAAUCCACAUCUAUAAAUAUUGACGUGAGAGUGAAUUAUUGAUAUAUAUUUUGAGAAAUGGUAGGACCAGUGAGGCCUCAAUUUGUGUUGUUUGGUUCAUCCAUAGUUGAGCUGAGUUAUAGUUGUGAAGGUUGGGGAGCUACCCUUGCCAACUUGUAUGCUCGCAAGGCAGAUGUAAUUUUGAGAGGAUAUUGCGGUUGGAAUACAAGACGUGCUCUGCAAGCUCUGGAUAAAAUAUUUCCUAAGGAUGCCACUGAUCAACCAUCAUUGGUAAUUGUGUACUUUGGUGGCAAUGAUUCUAUGCAUCCACAUCCAACAGCCCAAAGUCCUCAUGUACCCCUCCAAGAAUACAUUGAAAAUAUGAGGAAGAUUGCAAUCCAUCUAAUGGUAAACUUUUUACACAACAACACAAGUUUCCUUUCUUUUUCCACACAUCAGAGCCUUUCAAAGAAGACUCGCUUAAUAUUUCUCAGUUCCCCUCCCAUCAAUGAGGUGCAAAUGCAUGAAAUGCUCAGUGAUCUACUGGGGCCAUUAAAAAGGACAAAUGAAUCCUGUCGAUUAUACUCAGAAGCAUGUUUGGAGCUGUGCCGUGAGAUGAAUGUGAAAGCCAUUGAUCUCUGGUCUGCACUCCAGCAAAGGCAUGACUGGUUAGAUGUUUGCUUCACGGAUGGAAUUCAUUUGUCACAUGAGGGAAACAAAAUAGUGGCAAAAGAGAUAUUUAAGGUCCUCAGAGAAGCAGACUGGGAACCUAGUCUGCAUUGGAACUCAAUGCCAACAGAGUUUGCAGAAGAUUUUCUUCAUGAUCCAAAUUGUGCUGAUAGAAAGAGUAUUAUAAAUGUCUCUAACGGGAACUUCCAAGGAAAUUCUCAAUUGGAGUAGAAUUAUUCUGCAUUUUCAAGCAACAGAAAAACCCAUAAUUUGAAUCUCAAAGUGGAAUGGUUUUAUACUGUU